UCGUUUGUGCCUAGCAGCAACAUAAAAAAUCUCGAUUUUUUUAAUAUGGCUGAUGAAUCACUAAGAAAUGCACUAAGCAUUAACUCGUCUCAAAUAGAGACAAUGACUCACUUCAUGGAGGAGCAUUCGGAUCUGGCUCGGAAUUCUUUAAAAGCACCGGAUGCCAGAAAACACUUCAAUAAAUUAUGGAACAAGCUGAAGGAUUCAUUAAACGAGCAAGGACCUCCGAUACGGGAGAUUCCGGAAUGGAAAAAAGUAUGGGCAGAUUAUAAAUACAAAGUCAAAAGUAAAUUGCGACAGAACAUGAUCAACAUCAAGAAAACAGGAGGAGGCCCGAAUAAACACAAACACUUGAAUUCGUUUGAAGAAAGCGUAGUGAGAUCUGCUGGUCUGAACGCCUCUGUGAAUGGUAUAGCAAAAACUAAAUCGUAUGGCUGCCGGAAGUUGCUUCAAGCAGACAACCACUACGAUGGCGAAGCAAAUGUUUCAGAACACAACUCACAGACUACACCCAUAACCGAAGAGGGAGAGAUGAUAAUAGAGGAGUUUAUAGAUAUAGAAAAUUUGGAAGAUGAUCCAGAAAAUGGAAUAACAGGAACAACAGGAUCAAUUAUGAAAAAAAGGACCAACGCAAAAAGAGAGAAAUUAGAACUACUGAAAAGAUAUGUAAAAGCAAAGGAGGAGAAUAACGAGAUGCAAAAGGCCUUAUUGAGAGUGAAAGAGGAAAGCUUGGCAAUCAAAAGGUCAAUGUGGGAAAUUAAACUUAAAAAAAUGAAAUUGAAGUAUGGAAACGAUGCAGCAGAAGAGUAAAUCUCGUAAAAAAGCUGUACAUC